GAGAGAGAGCGAAGUCCCAAGAGCAACCCCGUUUCACGAAAGGAACAGGGACCCCGGCGGCGUGAUGGCAGGAUCGACGACGGGGGCGGCGGAGAGGGAAGGUGUCGCGGGGGUGGGUUUUGUACGGCCAAGGCAGUGGAGCCGCGGACAGUCGCCUCGACGCUACCAUCUCUCUCAGUUGCUCCACGGUUUCCGGACACGGCGGACAGACAGGCAGAAAAAAAUGCGCUCCGCGGCCGUAUGUAUCGCCUUCGUCUUGACAUACACGAGCGGGUCGUUUGUCGCGGGUUUGCGAUACAUCGAUCCGCAGGCGGGAAGUAACGGCGACAUCGGCGACAAACGAUUGGACCUGACCGAACCGUCGUGCGACGAGCUACGCGCCAUGUGGAGGUACACGAAGAGGCAGAGCAGAGCCGCUAAAACCACCAACGGAUACCCGAUAUACCCGUACAAUCCCAAUAUAUGGCCACGUGCGGCAAUGUUUCCCAAUGAUCGCAUUAAAUUAUCCAGAGGAUACACGCGAGAUCUUGGCGCACCUACACGACUGAAAUUACGAGAAGAGUUGGAAGGUAAGCAAAUUUUCUGCUUCAGUAAUUUCUUCAGCUUGCGUGUCGCUUAGUAGAAAUGCAAUGAUUAUAAAUGAAAUGAAAUCAGCUUCGCUAGCUAAAUGUUACUUCCUCCUGCUUGGUUCGCUUUGCAAAAAAAUGCUUGUCAGCCGACUCGAUAAGAGAGCAAAUUUAUCUCGCCGCGAUCGGCAGUGAUAUUAAGUCGAAGAAUUUCUUUCGCACAACUCAACUUGUAUCUUGUUCGAUAGAAAAGAGCGCCGCGUCGUUGGGGUGAAACGCGUGUAAUGUAAGGGAAGGAAUCUGUGCGUUUUAUCGAUUUUGUGCAUCGAGUGGUGCAUCGUAGUCCACGAGUUGCAGCGCAAACCCUGGCCAGGCGGGCUGCAAUAUCAUCUUGCAAAUACGCGACACACACACACACACACACACACACACACACACACACACACACACACA